AUGUUCACAGUAAAGGCCACCUAUCGAGGCGAGACAAGGAAGAUUACCUUCGCCGAAAACACUUUUCCCUCCUACGCUGAACUCUGCAAACAGCUCUACCGGGUCUUCCCCCUCAACGACAACUACCACCUCUCCAAGCUCCUCUUCUCGCCCGACGCUGCCGCACCCGGCCGCAUCCUUAUCGCGGUCGAGGUCCAUAACGCUGCAGACUACGAGCGGUCCCUGCUCCAGUUCAAGCGCUGCGUUUACACAAACGGUCUAUUGAGGUUCUCUGUGUUUGACGACACACCUCAUAAACAGCCCAGUCGAACAUCGUUCCGCUCAGGGCCACUCAACAGCAUCAUGGACACCUCUAUGAACAGCAGCACCGCCCUAGACGAUGAUAAGCGCCCAGCCGUCCCACCCAAGCCCGCCGGAAUGUUCGAGUCCAUGCCCUUCCAGUACAUUGCUUCAUUGAGCUCAGCAUCCAGAAGCACCAGAACUUCCUCCCGAGAUAUGGACAUCGACUCUAAUGCUACAGGUGUCCUCAACAGCCAAGCUUCUGUCGAGUCCAUGGAGUCAAUCCGGUCUGUGAUCGAAGGUCUCAAGAAGGACCUAAAUAAAUCACUCGCUUCAUUGGACACCAUCACUGCCACUGUUUCCUCCGGCCCCACCCGUUCGAAUACUGUGACUUCAGCUAACGCCAGUGGCCUUUGUUCUGCUGAGGAUCUCGCCCCUCUCUUCCAAGAAGGAUGUUUCCCGUCCAUGGGCCCUUCUUCCCGCAGAUCGUCCCAUCUCAGUCUGCGUCGUGCUUCGAGACAUAAUCACAACCACCAUGGUCAGAAUACUUCCACAACCCAGCAGCAGCAACCAUCCCCCGUGGUUCAUACCAACGUCUGGUGCGACGCCUGUCUCAAGAACGUCGUAGGCAUUCGCCACAAGUGCUUGGAUUGCCCUGAUUACGACUUGUGCACUCCUUGUAUCAAAUCUGGAGGGGCGGAGAAUCACAAUCCUUUCCACGAGUUUUUUGAGAUCAACGAACCCGGUCGUGUCAUCGUCCACACCGUCUUUGACGGCGGCCGCGGUAACCGUAGGUCUGCCUCUAGAAGCGCGAGAGAUGCGCCAGCCGAGCAGCAACCCGCCUCCGUGCCUGCGCCUGUCGCUCAUAGCGCCAGAUGCGACCUCUGCGAAUCCAUGAUCUUUGGAGACCGAUAUAAAUGCUGCAAUUGUCCCGACUACGACACUUGUAUGUCAUGCUUCGCAAUAACACCAGAGCAGCAUCCGGGCCAUUCCUUUGUCAAGCUGUCCGCGGAUGAUAUGUAUAUUCGCCGUGGACCCCACAGUCGCAAGCCCCACUAUGCGACAUGCAACGCUUGCACUCAACGUAUCCAUGGUGUGCGCUACAAGUGCAUGCACCCCGAGUGCCCGGAUUACGACCUUUGCGACAGAUGCGAGGCUCUGCCUAUCCCCGUCCAUCCCGACAAUCAUCCAAUGCUGAAGAUGAAGACAGUGGACACCGUAGUUCCUACAGUCUACCGAGUGGGGGCCACUCAGUUCAUUCCUGUCCCCUCGCAGGACAGCUCGGCUCCACAACAGCCUGUUCAGCACGAAGAGAUGAGAUCUGUGACUCCUAAGCCAGUUAUAUCUCCUGGAGAAGUCGUCGCGGAGGAGCGCGCAACAACGCCUCGGCCGGUUCCAAUCGUCCAGGAUUCUCGCGAAGUGGAUGCCCAUAGUCCAUUCGCAGAUCCUCCUGUAAUUGCACCUAUUGGCGAAAUUUCCUCACUGGCGUCCAGUUUCGAGGCCACAGUCACCGCCAAUCGUAUUGGCAUUCACACACCAUCUCCAGCGGAAGUGGAAUCACCAGUCGCUUCUACCGCGUCUCCCUUCGUCGACCGCUUCCUUGACACGGGCCAUCGUGACAGUGGUACUAGCAACCCCAGCUUCGUCGAAGAUCUUGUGUCCCAGAUCGCUUCCAAGCUCCUUUCGCCUCCUACAGGGUCGCCAGUCCCUGUUACAGGUGCUCUCAGUGCGUUGACCCUGGAGGAUGGCACGAGUGCGGCUCCAGAGCCAGAGAUGCCUUUGGCUGACAUGGUCUCUCAGGCCCCCACCUUGCUUGCUCUCGUCAAAGAUGAAGAUGACGUCAAAGUUGUUCCCAUCAACUCUCCCGAGCCAUCCCAGGCUGCAGUCGCCCCACUGUCGGCCGCAUUCAUUGCGGAUGUCACAGUGACCGAUGGCCAGGUCUUCCCGCCCGGUGCUGAAUUCGUCAAGUGCUGGCGUCUCCUCAACGAUUCCACUCGUGACUGGCCCGAGAACACCGAGUUGAUCUUCGUUGCUGGUGAAUCGCUGGUCAUUGACCGCAAGAGCGAGGUCGUCAAGAUCGGAAGCGUCAAGGCUGGGGAAGAGGUUGAAGUUUGGACCGGGGAGUUGAAGGCCCCCGACGUUCCUGGCCGAUAUGUUGGGUACUGGAGAUUGAGGGAUGACACUGGAAGUGUAUUCGGUAACAGUAUCUGGGUUGAGAUCAGCGUCGCUGAAGUCGACCACUCGAGCGAUGACAGCAACAGUCUGUCCGCUUCUUCCAUCAUCAUGAUGCCCCGUGUCGGUUCCGAGUCCAACACUUCCCGUGCUCCCUUGUCCGUCAGGCAGCCCGAAUCUACCAUCGGCGACAGCACUGCGACCAUUCCUUCGUCAACUGAGGAUGGCAAUUCCGAUAUCGACAACGACAGCGACGUCUCCUUGAUCGACCUCAUUUCGUCGGAUGACGAAGACAACAUGGGUUGGGAAGACGCCAGGUCUCAUGCUACGGCUGAUACUCGCGCCAGCAACGCUCCCGCAGCUGCACAGACCGCUGAAACUCAGAAUGAGGAUGCAAGGCGAUCUCCAAACCCAGACUACGUCCUUUUGUUCGACGACUCUUCUGAUAGCGACUUUUAA